AGAACAGAGGAAACAAACUCCACAUUGCUGGGAAGGUGGCCUUCAGAGUCGGGUACUUCACUGGUAGGGAAACUUUGCAGCUUUGUCAUCUAACUCUUGCAGACAAGAAAGUGGAGUUGAAAACUACAAUGUGUUAAUGGAAGCAAAGCACCUGUUGAAGAAAGAAAAAAAUCCAACCAUAUAGAAAUAGUUGAAGGCUGCUGAGAAAAGGUGAAGCCAUUAUGAGUUGCCAGAAAGCUGCACUUGAGUUAAACACAGGGUCACAGCCUGGGCCAAAGAGCCCUGAGAGAACAGAGGGUGUAACUGCAUGUGAAGAUGAUGGCACGGGCCUGCUUGAAAACCAACUCACUGUGGGUGACUUUGUAAAAAUACAGAAGGCCUUUGAGUCCCCAGAGCCAAGACAAAUCAUUUGUAUGUCCAGAGAAGACUUCAUGCAGAAGAUGACAGAGAUUGUUGGUUGGGGCACAAAGGAAGAAUACGGGGAGCUCUUUGACAAAGUGGAUGUGGCCCAAGAUGGCUUCAUUAACUGGGACAAGCUGACUUCAUUUAUACUGCUAGAGCUUUACGAGCAAGAUGAACGAGCAAAGACAACUGUGGUGCCCCAGUGGGAGGACCUUGAAUUCCUCCCAGUAAAACACAAGGACAUCAUUCAAAAAUUAAUUUUCUUAAAAAGUUCAAGUCAUUAUCUGACGAUCAGUAAAGAAGGUUUAUUAGCAAUCUGGGGAGAGAAUUUAAAGAUGCAAUAAACAUUCCCCAUCACUUCAGAUGCCACCAAGUUCAAACACCUGUGGGUGACAAGCCUGGUUUCUCUGGAAAAUGUAAACAAGAUAGCAGUGGCUUUUACAAGUAAAGAGAUUUGUUUCUAUGAUCUGCUGUCCAAAGAAGAAUUUGCUUGCCAAUAUAAACUCCAAGGCCUGAAAGGAACACCAAUUUGCAUGGAUUAUUGGUAUGAUCCUCUUGAUGCCAAUGAAUCAAUUCUUUCUUUUGGAGAUAUAACUGGAAAGGUUCAAGCAAUUGUUUUCACAGCAGCCUUGAUUUCCCUGUUUGAUUGGCCUGCUAGUGCAUGUGAAGAUGGAGAAGCCACCAUGACUAUUAACUGGGCGGAGCUGCUCUCUGGAUGUCAUAAAUGUUGCCAUAUAUUAGAGCAUACACUUCAUCAUGGAGAUUGGGUCAGGCAAGUUACUUACAAAGCAUCUUUAGAUGCUAUCAUUUCCAGUACAACCAGCAAUACUAAUACUGUGGUGCUGGCUUGGAGAGAGAAACCAAAAAAGCAUCUUAAUAUGACAUCCUUCCACAUUGCACAGGGCAUUCAUGCUUUUGAUUACCACUCUCGGCUCAAUUUAAUUGCAACUGCUGGCAUUAACAAUAAAGUUUGCCUUUGGAAUCCCUAUGUUGUCUCUAAACCAGUGGGUGUCCUUUGGGGCCACUCAGCCAGUGUAAUAGCCGUCCAAUUCUUUGUGGAAAGAAAACAACUUUUCAGUUUCUCCAAGGAUAAAGUUUUGAGACUCUGGGAUAUUCAACACCAGCUGUCCAUCCAGAGGAUAGCUUGUUCUUUCCCCAAAAGUCAGGAGUUCAGAUGUCUCUUUCACUUUGAUGAAGCCCAUGGACGCCUUUUCAUCUCAUUUAAUAACCAGCUGGCAUUGUUGGCAAUGAAAAGUGAAGCCAGCAACAGGGUGAAAAGCCAUGAGAAAGCAGUCACUUGCGUUCUUUACAACUCUAUCUUGAAGCAGGUAAUCAGCUCUGAUAAAGGGUCCACUGUUUCCUUCUGGAUGAUAGACACUGGGCAGAAAAUCAAACAGUUUACUGGUUGCCAUGGCAAUGCGGAAAUCAGCACUAUGGCCCUUGAUGCAAAUGAGACUCGGCUUUUGACUGGCAGCACAGAUGGGACUAUAAAGAUAUGGGACUUCAAUGGAUAUUGUCACCAUACCCUAAAUGUUGGGCAAGAAGGAGCUGUGGAUAUUUCACAAAUCCUCGUUCUUAAGAAGACAAUACUGGUUACAGGCUGGGAGAGGGCUAUUACUGUGUUUUGACCCCAAAACUUCAAUCAAUUUUUCAUCCAGCCUGAAGAAUGGAAAGGAUGUGUACAGCACCAUGAUGACAUCUUGUGUGCUGCGUUUUUACCUCCACAAACUCUUGUUACGGGGAGUUAUGAUGGAGAAAUUGUCCUAUGGAACAAUAGCACAGAGAAUGCCCAUCAUGUUCUUCACCCCGAUUACCAGAGGUUGCUAAAAUCAAAAUUAGAUACAAAACCUCGAAAACUUCUCACUCCUGGGAGAAGCCACUCCAUGCACCCCAUGGCAGACCACUCUGCCAUUGGAGUCCGCAACUUUGAGAUCGACACUGAGGGCAAAAAUGCUGUUAUGAGGCUUUGCUUCCUUAAAGCAAGAAAAAACACUGCAGUGACAGGAGGAGCUAACCUGGUAUCAUGUGGAGGAUCUGGUUAUGUCAGAUUUUGGGAUAUACGUAAGAAGCAACUUCUGGCUGAAUUUUUGGCUCAUAGUGGAGUUGGAUCGAUUAUUAUGUCUACUGAUAAGACCAAUCGAUACCUUGCCACAGGAGAUCUUGAUGGAUGGUUGAAAAUCUGGAAUAUAGAGGAGUACCGUCUUAACUCCAGUAAGAACAAAAUCACUAAGGCCCCAACUCUGAUAAGAUCAUUCCAGCCUCACGAGGACCGGAUAAGUUCCUUAGAGAUAUGUGAGCUGGGUGGUCAGUUACCGAUCAUCAUCUCCUCCUCUGCAGACUGCAGCAUUUGUGUGACUGGUGUCUGCAAUGCUCCUGUUUGGCUCUUUAGCCAGGCAAAGCACUGGCAUAUUGAAAACUGCCUUUUCCUUACUAAAAGAGAUACUAAUUCGGUGGAAAGCGAGAUUCAUUUGUUUUCUAAGGAGGAAUCUUGUUUAGACUCAACAGAACAUUCUCUACCUAAUAAAAAAAAUAAAGAUGAUUCAGCAUACAAUGUCAGAUCAGAAGAUAUAAAUUUAGGCAUAAAAUAUAAUACCUGUAUGAAAAAAACACCAUAUUAUGGUGAAGUCAUAAAAAAAAAAUCAUUAAGUGCAUUUAGGUCAUUAAGCAUUGGAGUCCUGAAAGAGCUGCCUGAAGUAAAUAAACCUGCUUUCCUUCUAGACCCUGAAAAAUGCUUCAGGAAAGAGCCAGAGAAGCAUCCCCAAAUUCCAGAGGCCCCGUCAGUUUUUGAAAGUUUGAAAGCUGUAUUUGAUGAGAAAAGCCUGUUUCCCAAGGAAAUUCUAGAUCAUGAACGAAAAGCCAAGCAAUUUUGCCAAGAAAGAAGUUGUGAAGUAAAGAAAAAUAAAAAGUAAUUAUAAUAGAAAAAGCUUCAUUGUUACAUAAGGUACAUUAAAAAAUGCAGAAAAAGCAUCAAGAAUUCUACCUUUUAUUUUAUAAUUGAACUUCAGGAAGUUUUGUCUUCUGGGGAUAUUUUAGUACUGCUUUUAUUUGUCGCCUUUCAGUUUCUCUGUAUUCUUAGUAAAAUAAAUAUUGAACUAAAGUGGGAGCAACAUCAAUUGGUAUUUAUUCUCAAGAAUGUUUAUAUAAAAACUUUACCGUCCAGAACAAAGUUCUAACCAAUUGUUCUUCUGGUUGUUUCUAUAGACAUUUUUGGUCAAUUUUUAUCGUAAAACCUGCAUUGGAAUAUAUGAAAGUACUGACGCAGUAAAUGUCUACAAAUGUGAAUAAGAAAACUGUUUCUACUUUUUUA